AUGAACGUACCGUAGCCUUCUCCGAAGGGGAGGUGUUACUGUGAACAAACCCCUUGAAAGUUGAAACCAAUCUCUCUUUCCGUGAGCGCACACACAGUACUAUGGAGGGUCGUGAAUUGUCACAGAAAGACACUGAAUCAAACGCAGACACGUCGGAAAUUCUGUACAAGAAUCGCCGUAGCUGUUUCUGCACACCCUGUUUCGGUUCCUCCGACCGAUCAUGGUCGACCUUGAAUUGGUGGCAAAGAGUACGAACUGGAGAGAGCGAAGACGGAACUUUAUUGGGCCGAGGGAUUGGCGUUUUGAAGAAGCUUCGCGAGUGGUCGGAGAUCGUUGCUGGUCCGAGAUGGAAGACUUUCAUCAGAAGGUUUAAUAGGAACAAAGGUGGUGGAGGUAGGCAUGCGAAUUUCCAAUACGAUCCUCUGAGUUACUCGCUUAACUUCGAUGAAGGGCAGGGGCAAGAUGGGAAUUCUGCGGAGAUGGAGGAGGAUUAUACGUUUCGGAACUUCUCGAUGAGGUAUGCAUCGGUUCCGAUUUCGGCCGGAAAGUCGAUGGACAUCGGCAAGGAGGGGCCCAGUUUCGUUUGACUGCACGGGAUUGACUAACUUGCGCCGGUGCGAAGAGUGACAAGGUGACGGCUGGUUUUUUGUUGACGUUAACAGUCUUCAUCAUGAUCCACGAAAAUGUCUCUCUUUUUUGUCUUUUAAUGUUCAUUAGUUUUUGUCUUUUUAUUGGGUAAUGAUAUGGUGUAAAAAUACAUACAGCAUAGGAGAGAGUGAAAUAUGUGUAGGUUUUAUAGAACUUAUUUGUUUAAUAAGCUGAAG